AUGUCGUCCACUAACACUCCUUCUUUGGGAAUGACCUUUGGGUCAGUUUACAUUGGUACAACUAUCGCUGCUAUAUUCUUCGGAAUAACAAAUCUGCAAGCAGCUAUCUAUUACAAAAGAUACCCCAAGGAUGGAAGGAUAUACCGAUACUCAGUUUGGGCGUGUUCCAUUAAGCUUCUUGAGCAGGUCGCCAUUCUUUGGUACAUCCAAAUAUUCCUUGUUUCGUUCUCUACCAUGACGGUGUUAGUUGGCCAUUACUUUGAUAAAAUCUUCCCUUGGUUUGUGGUUCUGCAAUUUAUACAGGAUAUUAGAUUUCUCAUCAACGUCAAGGAUCAAGUCUAUGUCAACGCCUUGCUUGCCAUGCAUGUACCCACUGACAUCUCAAUACUGUUAAACUCUUGGAAGGAUCGUAGAAAACGCACAACCGUCGAGUCUUCUGUAGGGACAGCAAUUAAAUUCAGUCCCGGUGAUUCUUCAAGUGAGAGCGAAGAUUCGAAUGUGAGCAUUCCGACGCCGAGCCGUCAGUUCCUGGAUGGUGCAAAAGAGGACCUCAACUUCCGUAUAUGA